GUAUAACUCUUCAGUGCAGAAAAUACGAACUCACAAUCGCUGCCCUUCUUAUUCAAAGAACGAGUCGAUUCUCCAAGCAGGAAGGAAGGAAGAACCCUAAGCGGAUCAUGAUCUUGUAGCUAUUCUUCAAUUAUUCUCUUUAUUUAUUCAUUCUCUAACUGGUAAAAAUUUCAAGGGUAUUGCCGCUAUGGGUGAUUUUUCAAUUCAGAUCAGUGCUGAUCUUGUUAAUAGGCUUGCCAAUGAUGCCGAGAAGUUGAAGAAAAAACCGAAGAAAACUAAAGCUAAGAUACCACGAGAACCUGCUCAACCCCAAACUAAGGUGAUUGAGAGUCAACUUCAUAAUGAUCCUGAGACACAUAAAGGUGCUGCUUCUCCAGGUUGGCCAGUGCAACCGCCAUUGUUCUUGCCUGUAACCCCACCCGCACAUUCUGAAAACUCGGAAUUAGAGGCAAUUAGAUCUGUCAUUCAGAAAAGUGAAAUGGUUUUGGAAAAGUUGGAGAAGAAGGAGGAUGCCUUGGUGCAAGAAGUAACAGAAAGAGCCAAAAAUCUUCGUGAUAAGGAAUUCAAGCUUCCAUAUCAGAAGCCUAUGCCCUGUUUGGCUGAUUAUGAAGCCUGCCGUGCUUGUUACAAGGAGAAUCCUAAUGAUAUACUGAAAUGUGCCCCUCUAACUAGGAGCUAUGUUGAUUGUGUUCGCAGCGUGAAGAAGCAAGCGAGUUAGGAGGAAAAUUUUCCAUAGUUGUAUACAUGAUUCCAAGCUAAUCCCAGUUUGAAAGAUGAGCCAAUUACAUUUUUGCGGUGCAAUAAAUCAAACAUUUAUUCUUAUUACCGGUGUUGGAAUUUAUGCUGUGCUUUGUGAUGUCAUUUAGUAUUUGGUCAAGUCUAUUGCUUCUUUCCAUCUCUGAACUGUGUUUUUGUUGGUUUUCAACAAUUUAACUAUGAGAGCUUACAUUGUACUGAGCAUUUGAUGCCUACAGAAUUCAAUAUCACAGCUUUUUGCUACUGAGUUGCUCUUUCC